GACAUCAAUUGAAACUCGGAAGUAACAGCUCGGGUUCUUGGUUCGAAUAGUCUUCUUCAUGUUGAUGAACUUUUGUUUUAGAUUAAUAUUUGUAAAACUAGUGCAAAUGUCGGCAUUUCAGCUAGAGCCCGUUGACGGAGGCAGUUUAAUAUCUCUGACAGACGGGGAAACAGUUGUUGGUCGAGGUCCUUUACUUGGAGUCACUGAUAAACGGGUAUCUAGAAACCAUAGCCUACUAGAAGUUAUUGAAGAUCAGCUCCGAAUCAAACCAACCCAUUUUAAUCCGUGCUUCUAUCAAUCCUCAAUUGAAGACACCCCUCGGCCCUUGGAGAAAGAUAAGUGGCAGCCUCUAUACCCAGGAAACCUUUUUUCUUUGCUUCCAGACAAAUACAUAUUCAGGGUCAUCUCAACUGACAGCAAAAACAAUAACACACAAAGAAACAGCCAGACUCUGAAUGAAGAAACUUUUGCAAUACCUCAUAUUGCAUCUGCAAGAGGGGAGAAGCAGUCUGUAAGCAGUGCAGAAGAAUCUUCGGUUGCUUUCAAGAGCUUGGCAAAAAAAGAAGGCAGCAACACACAAGAGAACUCGCCUUUCGGCAACCAUGUUAGCCUUACAGGAGCAGUUCAUCCUCCAAAUGUAACCAAACCUGCACAGAAGAGGCGAGUGCUUCCGGCAUGGAUGUUGAAAGGAGCGUCAGAAACCCCAGGGCCAUCCGCAUCAGGAAAUGGAGGGAAAGGAGGAUGCAAAAUUAAACAAGGGCUGUCAAAUCCCAGUGGAACUCCAAGCAAAAGAUUGCCUUCUGAAGCAGAGGUGUCACCAAUGAAAAAGAGGAGGAAGAAGAGUGAUGAAAACAAGCAAGCAAAAUUGAGGGUUGCCUCUUCUUCAGCUGCUACCAAUAAGGAGGAAACAGCUUAUGAGGAACACCCUGGUGCUUCAGUGCACAAGGCCGUCUGGAAGCUCAGUGAUGAUGAGUCUGCAGAGAGCCCUACAGUGCAGGCCAGGCCGCCUGCUGAAUUUAAUGACGGGGAAAUGAGUGGUAAUGAGGAGGAAGCCCCUUCCCAGAGACAAAAGACACAGCAGGACAGCCCUGUGCAAUCAGAAACGUCCUGCAGGGAGACGGAGAAGCUCAGUGAAAGGCAGAGUCCAGAGACCAAAGCCUCGGGUUCGUCUGGGAGCAAAGACACAGCACAGGCUAAUGCAGGAAAAAGCCAGAAAAGAAACCCAUGUAUGUACGGCAAGGGCUGCUACAGAAAAAACCCUAUACAUUUUCAAGAAUUCAGUCAUCCUGGUGACUGUGAUUAUCAAGAAGAUAAGGCGAGUGAUGAGGAUGAGAGUGAUAACAGGCUAGAAUGUCCGUACGGGACUGACUGUUACAGGAAAAAUCCACAACACAGGGAGGAGUACAAACACACCAUGCCUCCAGAGACUGGCGUGCGCAGAUCAAAGAGGAAGCAUGACCUAAAAGGUAAGAGUGUUUUGGCUGAUGACAGUGAUGAGGAUGGACAGUCCAAUGAGUAUGACCUGGAGGACAGUUUCAUAAAUGAUGAAGAGGAUUUUGAUCACACUGAUGAAGAUUCUGACUAUGAACCGGAGUCUGAUGAUAGCACCAAGGAAGAUAUUGCAGAUUUGAAGAAGGAAGCAAAGCAAUUUGUCAGCAGAAGAAAAUAAAUUCAUUUUUUGUUUGAAUUACACCGUGUAACUAAUUAUUAUUAUUUUUUUGUUCCUGGGUAGUA